GGUAGUAUAUUGCCACCAUACAGCAGUGGAACUACGGCGACCCUUACUUGUAACAUUGGUAGUACUCCGAUCGGUGUCACCGUAUCCACUUGCACAAACGGCGUAUGGAAUCCACCGAUCUUAGGUCAAUGUCCUUUGAAUGUUCAAAAUGAAACGAUUCACGGGCAUAGUGAAGCAGCAGCAACUACGACAACAUCAAUUAUUCUUGAUUGUCCUUCGCCUCCACCUAUUGCGAAUGGAAAGGUAUAA